UAUUACAACGUUUAACAGGUAAGAGAUGACACGUUACUACACAGCGAGGAUAAAGAGGGACACGUUACUACACAGCGAGGAUAAAGAGGGACACGUUACUACACAGCGAGGAUAAAGAGGGACACGUUACUACACAGCGAGGAUAUAGAGGCUGUGUAAUUUGUCUUGAUUGCCAGUCAUCUUGUGCUACUAUUAUUAUUAUUUAUUUUUAUGAAUGUUGAGUAGCUAUAACUGUAUCCGCAAGGUGUUCACAAACCCAAAUGUGAUCCAGACAGAAAAAAUAAAUAUAUAAAUAUAAAUUGAAAUGGAAAUUACCAUCUAACAUGUCAAUGUAUUCGAUUUUAAUAAAAUAACCAUUUCAAACCGGCUAUCAGUAGCGUCCACCCAAUCUUCUACCUAUAAUAAACUAGGUAGAUGAUCAUGAACUCGGGAUUUUUCAUGCCGCCUAUCUGGGACAAACCACUUUCACUUGCGGGGGAAGCUUAUCACGGUGACAAAAGACCAAGGAAAAUGGCGACUGUGAAAUGGAUGGAAGACGAAAGUGAGCAAUAAUUCAAUGCAACGAUUAAAGUGCAUAUCGUUUGCAUUUACACCGUUCAAAGAGUUCAGCUGCAGAAAUGUCUGAUCUGACCGGUAUUGAUGAAGAAGAGAAAGAUGUGAUUGACCCUUUAGAUCUCUUUCAAGAUCUAAUGAGAAAUCAGACGCCCUUGUUCAUAGAAACGUUGGACAGACCUCCGACUUCUCCCCUGAGAGAAAAUAGUGUCCUUGAUGUUCUCUCAAACACAAAUGUGUUGUCUGUGAAUGGACCUUGUUUACACCAGGCCUUCGAAUCCGAUGAACUCAACAGCUUGUCAACAGAAAAGGAGGAGGAAAAGAGUAUUACUCAGUUGAAGAAUGUGCAGGACAUUGACACUACAGGGAUAUGGGGUUUCGAUGUAGAAUCUUCAGAGAACUCAAUGGAUAAUUAUGAGGAUCCCCUGUGCUGGGACCCUCAGAGAGAAUUCAUGCAGUUUCUGUGGGACGACCACGAUGAUUCUCCUGUGGAGGAGCCACCAACGGCAGAUCCUCCCCCAAACAGCCAAAGGAGGAGGAAACGCAAAAUGGACAUGGUGGUCAUGGUUGAUCCCUCAGAGGAACUGUUCUCUGAUUUGAGCCUCAAGUCAACAAAGGACGUAUUUGAUGAGGAUCUAGAAGACCCUGUUCCCAUCAACAAGGUCCAAUCCUUGAGAGAAAGCUGCAAACCUCAAUCACUGACAAGGAAGAAAGCACCGUAUCCCAAUGGAACUGUAGAGGCCAUCAAGCAACUUAUCUUCAACGCGCCUGCAAGAAAUCCGCAUGAGACAAGCGUGGCUCACAGGCUUAAAACGCUGAAAGGGAAACCGCUGACUGACUCUUGUUCAGAGGAGGAGCCAUUGUUUUUUCCUUGCACAAAGUGCAACAUCAAUUUCAAGGAGAAGAACCAUUUGCACCGGCACAUGAGGACUCACACAGAACCGCCCAGUCUGAUCAACAUUCCAAAGCCUUUUAUAUGCAGAGAGUGUGGGCAGUCAUUCCGCUUUCGUAAUUCUCUCCUUCGUCACAUGACCAUUCACCAGGAGAGAAGAGAGAGACUCAUGGAGGAGAUCAAGGGCAUGAAUGAAUUGAAGGAUGAGGGCACAGAUGCAAGGCUACAGUGCCCCCAGUGCACUUUUGGAACAAAUUGUCCAAAUACAUUUGUUCAACAUGCCAAGACUCAUGAGAAGGACAAGAGGUACUACGACUGUAAGAAUUGUAACUAUAUGGCUGUGACUGUGUUGGAACUUGAGAGACACAUGAACAAAGAACACAGUCUCUGGAAAAACCUAGACGAGCCAGAUAAACCCAGAGUGUUUAGGUCAAAGGAAGAUGAUAAAACACCUCAUUCCUACUCCUGUAACCAUUGUUCUUAUGGCACAUCAAGCAAAAACAUCUUCAAAAAUCAUCUUGAGAUUCGUCAUAAUCAGACAUAUGAGGAGCAUGACGUUUUCCAGAGUAGAGAAAGAAAUGAGGAUGCAAAAACACCUUCUGAGAAGCACUUCCCCAUUAGGAAACCCACGGUAGUAAAUUCAUUUGCUUCAGAGCUGACAUCAAAAUUAUCUGUGAAAAAAAUGGCUUUCAGAAAAAGAACAGAUUUGCCUUGUGAUUCAAAUGACAUUUCUGAUCUUUUCAAAAAGGAUAAGGUAGUUCACAGAGCGCAAAGAGGCUUCAAGUCUCAAACCACAGAGUCAAAACUUGACAAGUCAAUAAAUAAUCUAUUGUCUCGACAAAGACGUGACAAGCAGAGGAAUGAAAAAAAUGAUGUCACCACAGGUUUUUAUUUUGUCGAGGGCACAAAUGGUGAUCAUGAUUUUGGACAAACAUUGUCAGGAAUUUCAGAAAAUCCAAAUUCUUCUUCAAAUGGCCACAAACAUUUAUUGGCAUCUAAGUUGGAGAAUAAUAUCUUAAAUUCUGGCUGUGAUUCCAGUUUAAGGGAAGGUAAUAGUGCAGACCUCAACCGCAAGCAUGUCUCUAAACUUGUCGUAGAAAUGCCAGUUAGGAAAAAAUCACCUUCCAAAAGAAAAAUGUCCACCCCUUAUCGCAAUACCGUUGACCAGGACUCUUACUUCAUUUUACCAAAACAUUUGCAAAGCCAGAAAAUGCAAAAUAUGGUGGAGGUGAUGGAAGACGGUGAUAAUAAUGAUGUCUUCCAGUAUAGUGAUGGCACAGAUGCCAACAAUAAAAUUCUUGCUAAAAGUGAAAUCAAGCAAGAGAGAACUUACAUUGGUAAUUCCUUUAGCAGAGGAAUGUCUAUGAAAGGAGUCCUUGGAACCUCUGAAGACCUGUCUGAUAAAAGUCAAGGCAGGAAUUAUCGGCAGAAGCCUGUUGUCAAGGAAGAGUGCAUAGAAACACAGGUUUUUGGAGAGAACCUUGCACCCAACUCAGUGCCAGUAAGUGAACCCUUUUUAGAUGCUGAUUCGGAAGGGGGUGGGGAGCAGAAGACCUGUCCUUACUGUCCUGCAGAGUUCGAGUCGGGUGUGGGAUUAUCCAAUCACGUGAGAGGGCAUCUGCAUAGAGUUGGACUGAAUUACAAUGCACGCCAUGUGGUAUCACGAGAACAGGUGGCUUCUCAAGACAGGAAACCUCGCAUCAUCCGUCGAAAGAUGGGUGAAAUACGACUGAAAAAAGCACCCAAGUUUGGCUCUGAGGGCGCUCCUGUCCGAGGGCACUCCUGUCCACUAUGUGGGGACUCUUUUGAUAAUAAGACUGGGCUAUCUAACCAUGUUCGGGGCCAUCUGAAACGGCUCGGAAAAUCCAUUGCCACGAAGUCCAAGUCCCCAAUGUUGUUGCUCCGGGAGCUGAUGCGUGACAAGAGUGAGUUCCAGAGAGCUCUGCAGAUUCUGGGCAAGAAACGAAUCCCCUCCCAUUCCAGAAUCCCCUCAAAGCAGGUCACCUCUAAUCACCUGACACCCUCGAAACGGAAUCCCAUUCAGAACCUCUACAACAAUGCCAAACCACUUGUGCCCAUGUAUACUCUAUCAGGGGAACACUUGGAUAAACAGGCAGAGACUAAGUUGGAGGUAAAGGGUUCACUCUCGAGUGCCUUGAUAGGAAUUCUGAAGAAGAGGAAGUGUCAGGAGGACUCAAAGUUGAGGACUUCAUCUCAAACGGCAAGAAGUGCCCUGGCAGUUUCCUCCACCAGCGAGUACGGUAGAGGAGCACAAGUCAACUCAACACUCGCAAACUCUACAUCGGAGAAAGGUGAAUUCAACAGGAAGGUGUGUGUCCAUUGCAAGGCAACCUUCCAUAGCGGUGUUAGUCUGUCCAAUCACUUGCGGGCAUACGCAAAACGAAAGAGCACUGCCUUGCUGGAGGGAACAACGUAUGACUGUAAACAAAGGAGGCAGAGAUCAAGGCCUGGUUCCAAGAAGAAGAUGUCCCCCACUAUGCCGCACGCACCAGAGGAGAUGUAUAGGCUAACCUGCAGAUUCUGUGACCUGGUCUUCCAGGGCCCCUUGUCGGUCCAGGAGGACUGGAUAAAGCAUCUACAAAGGCACAUUAUGAACGCCAGUGUCCCCCACACAGGAGCAGGCAUGAGGGAGGUCACCUCACUGCCCAGGGACCCGUCCUACCCCACCUCUGACAGACAGACCCCGUCACUGGCAACUCACACUGCCUCCUAAGCCAAGGUUUUUAAAAAGUAUAUAUUUUGGUUCAGCUGAGUGUUUGAACAUUGGAUGUUCAUUCAGUUUUAUACAAUUGAAGAAAAAAAUGGCCACUAUUACAACACACAAUUUCAGGAGUUUGACUACCCAAUCUCUUAAAACACAUUUUUAUUUUUUGGUAUAUUGUUACAUUUUAUCAGCUUUUUAAAUGUCCCAUGUUAGGAAUAUGAUUCCAUGUGGGCUGACUGUUUUCUUUGUUCAUGCAGUAAUGUAGUGUGGAAGCCAUUUCCAAUAGAGACAACUCUUACCUCAGAUUACUGAAUUCUCUGUCCAUUUGGUCCAGUUUGGGAGCACCCUUUCUCUGUAUAAUAAUAUAUUAACAUUUAUGCUACACACGAAAAUGGGACAAAUACAAUCCUCUUCUGUAUUCAAAUCAUAUUGAUACCAUUUGUUUAUUGCGUGGAGGGGGUUCUGGGUAAAAAAAAAAUGGAUAGUCAUCAACUAAUCCUCAGGCAGAUUUCCUAUCAAUAUCGGUAAGUAUGGCGUGUGAGUUAAUCACAGAACAUAAGGUUCAAAACAUGGAUGGAUUUUUUUUUGGGGGGGGGGGCAGCAGUUAUCUGCAUAGGGUUUAUCAGUCACAGUUUGUGUUCUCGCUAAUGCAGUCACAGUGUGGAUUGUUGCUGCCUUUAAUGAAUAACUCACCUGUAUUUAAUGUUUUGAAAUUUGUUUAAAUGUAUAUCAUACCGAUAUUAUGCUGUUCUAAAUAAAACUAUGGUUUUGUCAUCUGGA